AUGAAGCAAGUUAAAUUCGUCCCACACCAAUCUCAAUGGACCGAUGAAGAGUUUCAAGCCAUGGUUGAAGGCGUUGAGAACGACAUAGACGGCGAAAUUGAAGGAGCUCAAAUCACAAUUGCAACCAAAAUUGCAGAGGUCAAGGAACAGAUAGCUCCACUUAAAGCUACCAAAGCUACUCUUGACCUCAUGGAUAGUUACCGUUUAGAUGUCAAGAGUGGAAUAAGACAAUUAAAAUUAAAACUUCUAAACUACGAAGCUAUACUCCAAAAGUUAGCAGAAAUGAGAAGACUUUACCAGAGCUACUUACAUGUAAGGGACUUACCUUCAAGCAGUCCGACCAAAGAUGAAUUUUCUGACAUUGUCCCAAUUUUGUCCGAAAGUCAGCUCAGAUGUUUUGAACUGCUCCCAACAUAUCCAGAAUAUGAACGUUUGCCUGAACUCUUCCGCAAUCUCAAAAAAC